UAUCAUGAAAUUAAGAUGGUAGCGUUAAGAGGUGGGAACAGUUCGUACAGUAGCGUGCCGCACGGCUGCGGCUACCAUGGCGGACAGCAUGCCACCAUCGAGGUGUCGCCGAGCCUGCAGCCCGCGCUCGGCGUGCCGCACGCGCCCGUGGGCCACCUGCUGCCGGGGCCCAACCACGUGGCGCACCUGGGCCACGCUCCGCACGCCGCCCACGCGCCACUCGCUCACGCCAACCACCUGGGCCACGUCCCCCACGGCGCGCACCCCGACCACCUCGCACAGAAGCCCCUGGGCGCCGCCUCGCACACCACCCACGGCAAUCACGCCAAGUCGAUGGGCCUCGGGCACGCCAACCACGCCAGCCACGCCAAUCACGCCAGCCACGCCAAUCACGCCAGCCACGCCAACCACGCCAGCCACGUCAACCACGCUAACCACGCCAACCACCCCAACCACGCUAACCAUGCCAACCACGCCACGCACGGCCAGGCGAGCGGACAGAGCCAUAAUGGGCACGCGAGCAACGGCACGAGCCACGGAGGGCACGCGGCGCACGGCGGGCACGCAGGCCACGCGCUGCACGGGCACGGGCCGCACGGCGCGCAGCUGAGCCACAAGGCCCCGCAGUUCAUGCAGGCGGCGCCCGCCAAGCCCGAGCCCACGUCGCGCCACUCCACCGCCAGCCGCUGCUCGCAGUACAGGCCGUCUCAAUCUAUGCCGAUCCCAGGAGCGGGGGCGGAGUGCUAUCACCCCGCGGGCGCGGCCCCGUACAUGGCGGGCUCCGGGCAGAACCAGGCGAUGAGGACCCAGGCGGCGCCGCAGCCCUCCGCACCACCACCGCCCGAAAUGUCCAAGAAUAACAUGGGCGGGCACAACUACGUGUCGCCACCGAACGCGACGCCGCCAACGAGGCCGCAGUACCCCAACUUCCAGUAUAGGCCGACUGCCCAGCACUCCACCCGGCCUAGCACGCAUGCAAGACAACAGCAGCCGUACAUCCCUGGUGCGGGCGCCGGCGCCGGCGGGCCGGUCAUGUACCACCCCACGCUGCUGUUCCAGCCGGCGCACAUGGCCAUCCCGCAGAGCUACCAGCCGCCGCGCUCCACCGCGCCUGGGUACUACCCCUAUAUGCCCUUCAUCAGCUAUUCAACACCAACGGGUCACACACCGCAAUACUACUACCCGAACGGGCAGAGCGUGGCGGGGGCGGGCGCGGGGCGGGGGAGCGCGCCGCUCGUGCCGCCGGCCACCGCCGCGCCCGCGCUGCCGCACCAACCGGCGCCGCACAUGCCGAUACCUGGUAUCCGACAAGGCCCAGCGAAACGUACGUCCCACAGGCUGCCUAUUAUUAACCCAGUCACUAGACAAGAUAUAUUUACGGAGUUAUAUUCUAAUGAUAGUCAAAAUGUGAGCGGAGAGUCCAGUGAGAGGCAAACGCCGCAACCGGAGAACUCGCAGAGCAUCGUGGAGGAGUUCACCCGGAUGGUGAGCGAAGCCGCCAACCAGCCAACGAACUGCGAGGCCGCUGCCAAAUCGAACUUUGUACCUAAAAGUAACGAAGUGCCUGCUACAACCGCAAGCCCGACGCAACCUCAAGCGAAUGCAAUAAAUUCUAUUAAUAAUAAUAUAGUAAAGUCUGAUAUAUUAAAUGAUAAUAAGAAUAUAGGACCCGAAGCGGAAGUGGAGACGCCGGUCGUGUCGGCGAUCUCCGACAGUCCUGUUAUAGUGCCUAAAAUGACAAACGUUAAACACCAAAAGAGUAGUGAAACUCAGUCUAUAGCCGUAGAUAGUAAAACGCAGAAACCGAAACAAAAGAAACCGAACGUGCCUCAGAAUGAAACUCAAAAGCAAUCAGAAGAAGCGACGCAAGCGGAAGCGCCGGAGCGUACCUCGCCCGCGGGCUCGCCCGCACCCCCCGCCCCGGCCGCCGACCCCGCGCCGGCCCCCGCGCCAGCCCCGGCCCCCGCGCCCUCCCUGGCCCCCGCGCCCUCCCCGGCCCCCGCGCCCGCCCCGGCCCCCGCGCCCGCGCCACAGCCGCAGCGCGUGCGGGAGCCGCGCGAGCGCGCGCGCCCCGAAGAGCCCGCGCGCGAGGCCCCCGGGCCCACGCCCAACGGGCCCACCGCUGUUGUGAUUAGUUCGGCUGAUAGUACACCGGAAUCUAUCAACCCACCAACUAGUCAAAACAGUCAAGUUAACGUAACUGAGACUAAACAAAAGGGAGUUGUAGAAACUCCAACUUUAGAGACUGAGCCUGAAGCCGACGUGAAGGCGGAGGUUGUAGAAAAUAGUGAGACAUUCCCUGAAUCCCAAACUCCUACUGCCACCCAACUGUUGUCGAGUAUUGAGAAGGUUGCCAAAGAGCAAUCACCCCUGCCAGAGCCGCCCACUGAAGAGGAGCAGAGUGCCAGCCAGGCUCAAGCUAAACUCACUCAGAGUAUAGUUAGUGCUGCUCGAAACAAUCCUGAAUUUAAAAUGAAAGAUAUUAAUCUCAAUAAUACAACUCCAGAUCCCGACACUGCCAAUGGAAACACGACUGAAGUAGCCGAAACAGUGAAAGAUGUGAACAAAAAUGAGAAGUCAAUAAAGAAUACAAAGAAUAAUAGUAAGAAAAAUAAAAACGCUAGCACCGAGUCUAGCACUAAGGAAGAAACAUAUGAAAAUGGUAAAGAUGAGACUGACAGAGUUAGUAAUGUAGAGCCUGAGCAAGUGGAGAAGGAUGAGGAGCUCUCGGACAAAGGGGAGGCUCCUGCUGCCGCUCCUUUUGUUCCUAAACACAAGUAUAGUGAUGAUCAAUGGUCCCCAAUGAACCCCGCUGGCAAGAAGACUUACGACAUCAGACUGCUGAUGCAGAUCAAAGAUGAUCCCCUCUGCCGAAAUAAGCCCAACGCGCCCCUGCUUGAAGCUUGCAACAUAUUGAGGACUAUGCAGCUUCAGGACUCCGUGAUGUCGUUCAACCAGAUCUCGAGACCUGUGAACGACUCCCUGUUCCCCAACUUCCUCAAAAACACCAGCUCCAACAUGCGUAGCACGCUCCCGCGUGAUACCAAGAAGGACGGUAGAAAUGCUGUUCCUACUGGUAAAGGAAGCAUGAAAUUGAGUUCUUCGUCCAGCGCCAGCGGCGGGCGGAACAUAUUCAUCUCGUUGCGCGAGGAGGUGAAGCUCAACGAGACCAAGGACGCCUGGAAGCCGGCCAGGCUCAAGAAGGAGAACCUCAGCAAGGACGAGCUGAAGACACAGGAACUGUACAAGAAGUUCCGCGGUAUCCUGAACAAGCUGACGCCGCAGAAGUUCGACACGCUGCUGGAUAAGGUGAAGUCGCUGGAGAUCGACACGCAGACGCGGCUCGAGGGCGUCAUCGAUCUCGUGUUCGAGAAGGCGAUCGACGAGCCCAACUUCUCGGAGGCCUACGCGGCCAUGUGCAACAAGCUGUCCACGCUCAAGGUGCCGGCCGCGAACUCACCGGACCAGUGCGUGAACUUCCGCGCCCUGAUCAUCAGUAGGUGUCAGAACCAGUUCAUCACUGCGAAGGCUGACGAGAACGUGAUGAAGCUGCAGAAGGAGAUCGCCGAGUGCACUGACUCCGCCAAGAAGAAGGAGCUAUCCGCCCAGCUUGAGGAGAUAAACCGGCGCGUGCGCAUGCGUUCCGUCGGCAACGUUAGAUUUAUCGGCGAGCUGUACAAGCUGAAGAUGUUGACCGCGAAGAUCAUGGUGUUCUGUAUGAACCACCUGAUCGAGAAUCUCGAGGAGGAGAAGCUGGAGUGCCUCUGCAAGCUGCUGACCACCAUCGGGCAGCAGGUGGAGAGCGAAGUGAAGGAGCAGCUGGAGCAGAUCUUCAAGAUGAUGCAGGACAUCAUCGCGGACAGGAAGGCGAACAAGAUCAGCAGCCGAGUGCGCUUCAUGAUACAGGACGUGAUCGAGCUGCGCAGGAGGAAGUGGGUCGCCAAGAACGUGAUCGACUCACAGCCCAAGAUGAUGGACCAGAUCCAGAAGGAGGCUGAGCAGCAGCAACGCCAUAUUGAGCUGAUGAACUCGUCGCCGAUGGGCGGCGGCGGCGGCGGCGGGUUCCGGCGCGAGGAGGGCAGCGGCCGCAAGCGCGGCGAGGGCCGGCGCGGACAGGGCGGGAACAACUUCAACGAGACGCCGUGGAAGCCCACGCCGCGCGCCAACUUCACCGUCGACACCAACAAGCUCAAGAUAACCUCGCAGAAGAACCUGAACACCACGAGGCUGGGGCCACCGACCACCGCGUGGAACCAGGGCUCCGGCGCGAAGAACACGUCGUUGGCCAGCAACUCGAGCAUCAGUCUGAACAAGAACAAGUACAGCAUUCUGGAGGUCAUGCAGGCCGAUCCCACCUCCAUCAGAGCAAACAAAGAUUUGUCGCCGGCUGGAUAUCAACACUCGAAAUCGAUCGAGAUGGCCACGUUCAAUUCGCGCGGUGACUUCAACGCGGGCGGGCGGUCCGGGUCGUCGGGCGGCGGGCGCUCGAGGUCGGGCUCGCGCGCGCCGGCCGCCGCGCCGCCGCCGGAGCCAGCGCCCGCGCCGGCGCCGGUCGCGCAGGAGCCGCUGCCGGACGGCGUGCGCAAGCGCGUCAAGCAGAUGGUCGACCUGUGCCUCAUGAACCCCGACGACGACGAGAUGGUCGAGGAGAUCAAGCUGCUGCCGCCGCAGCACCACGCCGCCAUCAUCACUGAGAUGAUCGAGGUGGCGCUCGAGAAGAACGCGAAGGAGAUCACGCAGCUGUCGAAGUCGAUAGUGCACGUGGUGAGCACGGGCACGAUCUCCGCGGAGCUGCUGCUGGCCGGGCUGGCGGACAUAUUCGACGCGGCGCCCGACCUGUACAUCGACGUGCCGAUGCUGUACGACUACCUCGCCAAGUUCCUCGCGCCGCUCAUUGAGAAGAAGCACAUUACCUUCGAGCAAGUGCAUCGAGCGUGCGAGACGAUCAUCUCGUCGAAGCAUGGCCACCUUCUUCUGCGGGCCAUCUUCAAAGAGCUCAAGGAAUCGAUGGGCCCCACCUUCACUAAGACCAAGUGGCAGGAGUCGGGCUUGCAGUUCAAGCAAUGGAUGAAUGAGGAUCAGGUGUCGAAGUGGAUUGAGGACAACCGGCUGCAGUACGUGGAGGGCGGCGAGCCGUGCGGCGGCGAGAGGAUCGUGACGCCCGCCGAGACGCAGGACAAGCUGCUGCAGCUGAUGAACGCGGACGAGAGCUGCGACUGUCUGCGCGGAUGGGUGCAGGACAACAUCGGCGCGUCGAGCGGGUCGGAGUGGUUCCUGCGCGCGCUGACGACGGCCGCGGUGACGCACGCGCUGGGCGGGCGCGCGGGCCCGCUGGCCGGCGAGCGGCUCGGCAAGUACGCGCCGCUCGUCGGCGAGUACGCGGCCGGCCAGCUGCCGCGCGAGGUGGCCUGCCUGCUCGCCGUGCAGCGCCUCGUGCACCGCCUCGAGCACCCGCAAGGGUUAACAUUAGAUAUAUUCCAAUAUUUACACGAGCAGUACAUAAUUUCGGUGGAGGGAUUCAUAGCGUGGGAGCUCUCGGAAAAUGAACCAGAAGGGAAAGCGGUGAUGCUGAAGGCGCUGACGUCGUUCUUCACGAACAUCCGGGAGGCGGACAUCGAGGACUCGUGCAGCGAGGCCUGACGCGGGCGCUUCGCCCUCGAGGCGCUGCCCUUCCUCCACGCGAGCCACCUAUACCACAUCUACAUUCACUAGCUCCGCCCCGGGACGCUCUAGUUCCGCCACCAGACAGCCUACUGCCUUCAGUAUCGACCGAUGUACCCCAAAUGUACCUUAUUUACACUAUAUUAUUACUUGCGUCGAACAUAUUAUAUUUAGUGUUUACUAGGAACGAAUCGAAGAAAUACAGAGCUUUGCGACUUAUAUAUUUAUCUUUAUAUACUAGCUCAUUGUUUAGAUAUAUUCGUGGUUUUAUAUAGUUUUUGUACACGUUAUAGAUUAGUGAGUAACUCGCGACGAGCGGCUUCCAGCGGGGAGCGUCGCGUGCGAGAGCGCUGCUUUACAUGCCAAGUAUCCGCCGGUACUAACACAAAGCGACGCUUCUCUUUGCGACUAUCAAAUUCGAACGAUUUCUUCCAGUACCGCUUUGUUUAUGUGAUAAUACUAAAAAUAACUGUGUUAUUUUUAAAUGUUACAUGCCUUUUAUAAAUUUUAUAUUUAUAAGAAAGUAUAAUAUCCAAAAAUUUGCCGAGUAGCGUUAAAGAAAUUUACAAAGGUAGAGUAGAGAAGGGCGGACUAGGGGUCCCGCGGCGAUUGUUAUACACUUUCAUAGGUUUGGGGCGCUUUCCUACAGAACUAAUGUUGUUGAUCACUUUAUCGCGGAACUGUUCGCGCCGUGGCUCGCCCGCCGACUGUUGUAUCAUAUUCCCUAGCAAUAAUGGUGUUAGUUAUUUAUACAGACUUCUUUGAACACGUACUAGUUCGCAUUAGUGGCGUUCUACUUUGUCGGAUUCGCUAAACCAUAUAUCAAUCACGUAUCUGUCUCAUUUAUACAGUAGCGAAAAUCAUGCGAUAUAUCGAAAGUGAUUUAUUGAUAAAAUUUUGUGGUACUUUGAUUAUAUUGAUAAAUUUUAUAAUUUUAUCGAGCCGGAUUCUAGUCGUGUUUGCGAAUUGACUUUCGUUUAUUCUGUACAUUUGUUGGUAUUUACACGGCCUUCGCCUUAACGCUGUUGACGCCUUGAAAGCAUUCGUUUUACAACAGUAAUUAUUCUAAUGAAAUUUACAAUAUAAUGAAAGUGAGAAAUUUUUAAUUUUAUUUAUAUACACUUAAAAUAGUUAGGCAGGAUUAUCUCUGAAAUAAAGAGAAUAUUUAUAAAAUAUAUAAAUUACAGAACGUUAGGAACAAUAUAAAACAUCAGUCAUUUUAUAUACUGAAUGCCCGAAAGGGAUAAUAAGAUUUUAAAAAUAUUAUAUUAUAUUAUUGCUAUAUUUAAUAUAUUAUAAUGGUAUAUUAUCUGUUUCGAUUUUAGUAAUCGAAAAUAUGAUAAAAUUAAAUAAUGAUAAAAUGUAAAAAAAAAAAUAUAGAUUCAUUUACGUCUUGAAUGUUCGUUAGUACCAUAAUAUUAGUAGUAAUUGAGAAUAUUUUAUUACGAGAGGUUCAUUGCUUUUAUACAUACGUGUAAAAAGAAUGUUAACGGUUGUUUGUAAAGUUGUUUAUCGAGCGUUGACUGCGGCCGCCCGGUGUUGUUGGUCGGUCGCGGCGUGGCACGCGGCCCGUGGCACGCGCCCGUGACACGCGCCCGUGACACGCGCCCGUGGCACGCGCCCGUGGCACGCGCCCGUGACACGCGCCCGUGGCACGCGGCUCGUGGCCCGACCCGGCGGCGCCGCAAAUUGAAACCUUAAUAUAACAUAAGCAAUUAAAUAUCUGUUCAUGAUUUGAAUUGUAUAUAAAGUAUAUCGUAGUGAAAUUGUAUUUUAAUAUUAUGCGAACGUUGCGUUAUUUUUGUAACAUUUUAAUGGUAAAUUCGCGUUACACAGGAUAUUAUACAGCGUGCACUGUUAGAGAUGUAGUUUUAUCUUAUUUUAUUUUUUAUUUUAAUAUUUUAUGAGUUUGAUAAUGUUGACAGCGCUAGUUUUUAUGUCUCAAACCUGGCGAGCGCUCUCGCCUCCCUUCGCAUGUUCAUGCUGGCGCUGAUUUUAUUUUUAUUAUUUAGCUAUUCGUAAUAAUUAAAUGUACGUUAUGUAAAUAAAACUUUUUAUGUCAACUAA